UAUUACACUAGAACAGCAGAUUAAAAAAAUAUUUAUUGGUUAAAGAAAAUGAGUUUCCUGCUGUUUUGUAUCUUAUCAGGAUGCCUGGCCCAUGCAUGUGACCUUAACACAUUGCCUCAAUGCGUGGACGAAAAAGGUUCCUUCAGCGAGCUUUUGAUCAAUUUUCAAUCACGGAAAAAUCUUACAACUGUUGAUGCCCAAAACAGCGUAAACGAAUAUUGCAAGUUCCAGGGGAAGCUAGUGUCGUGUCUUCAGGAUAUGAAAAGAUCAUGUGUAUCUCCAAACAGCCUCUCAUUAACCUUGGACAUGAGGAUUUCUGCUGAGAAAUACCUAUGCACAGAAGGAAAGCAGGGAUUCAUAGAAAACUUUCAGUGUGUGAUGAACAAGUUUGUGGUGGAUCAAACCAGUCUUCUGUCUUGUACGCAAUUCUUUUCAGAACUUAUGGAAAUAGAAAACCGCAACACUGGCUCUGGUGAUUCUAGUAAAGAAUGCAGUGGUGUAGCUGCCCAGACACAGCCAGUUAAACCCAGGUCAAACACAAUCCAAAAGGUUCAAAGAAAAAACACCAGCAAUCUGGUAGAUCAGUUUAUAAUGUUGACACAAGUGACAACCUGUCUACCCAACAAUGUGCCCACCAACUUGUCUGAUGGCUGGGCAGGGAAACAACGAGCCAGAUGUGUUCACAACCCUCCCACUCAUUCCUCCGGACCCGCCACAGACAUCGAUAUGAUGUUCCUCCAUUACUUUACAUUAGGGGAUACUUUUCCCUUCCCUUGA